ACGAGAUAUGUCUACCAUGUUCCAGCAGGCACCAGGCGCACCGUGCAGACAGACAGUGCUAACAAGCGCAAACACUAUGCGCUGAUAUCAUGCCUGUCCCUGGUUUCUUUUUGUGGCUGCCCCUCCAUCAUCAUUGCCCCACGUUCAAGUUUUUGCCCAACUUUACCUUCAACUUCAAACCCAUACACAACCACCAAGCAGAUCUUGAAGAACAAACACACAUUCACCAUGGAUCCCCUCGACAACAUGGCCGGCGCCCCCGUGCCCAAGAACUUCGAUGCCGAGAACGCACAGAACAACGAAGACAUCGAGAAGCAAUUCGCCGUCAAAGUCGUCCAGCACAUGCAGACCUACUGGUCCAUCCUCGAGCGCGUCAAGGGCUCAUCCCUCCGCCUGACCAAGAUCGACGACGAGAUCAUGGAGCACCUCAAGACCGACUUCCCCGAGUUCGACCCCGCCGCCAAGGUCGACGAGGACGAGAUGAAGAGCAAGGCCGGCAAGGAGCGCUGGCGAAAGUUCAUGAUGGCGUACGAGAAGAAGGUCGACGAUUAUAACUUUGGUACCAUGGUGCGCGAUAGACCCGACGUUGAGUAUGAGGAGGAUACCACGAUCUUUGUGCCUCGUAUGCAGUUUUAUGCUCUUGAGAUUGCACGAAACCGUGCUGGUCUGAAUGACUGGAUCUAUGAGCAGGCUCAGGCUCAGAAGAACAAGUCCAAGUAAUCGAAGGCAUAAGAACGAAAAUAAACAACAGCAGCUCUCCGAAGUGAGCCAUGCGUCCACGGCGUCGGGCCUCGAGCCCACAUGACCCCCUUGCAGGACAGGGAACAGCCUAAGUGGACUUUCUGGGCGAGGCGAUGCAAGACGCCAAUGAUCUAUGCAAAUCAUGAUCACGAACGUACGAUCCGAGAAUUGAAUCCGAUGGUUUUCGUGUACUGGAAUAUUCCUUGAUACCCUUAGAAAUACAUGGCAUCAAAGUUCGGCUCAAUCAUGAUGUUCUCCAAGUGCUCACCUUAGGGUAGGCAACUUGGAAUUGAAAAGUUGACAAUUUGCAUCUGAAUGGCCUAGAAUAUCAUUAUGAAGUGAAUUUAAACCGGUAUCUAUAUAGUCUUCAAUAUUAGACUGUGAUACAAAUGCAUUAAAAGAGCAGGUAGGGUUGUUGGGGGAUUUAGAAUAUGAAAGGCUCAGUGUCUAUACAAUACUAAUAUUAACCAUAGACCCCGAGAUACAGCUUUUACACCACAAGACGUGAAUCAAGCAUAGUUUAAUCAUGCAGUACUACAAUAAAGCCAGAGCUUCUAUUCUGGUCAUAAAAAUUAAUUGUGAUGAGUACAAUCUUACCUCCAUUCUCCAGACAACAUUACACCUUGAGAAACUCAUCAAUGUCCACCCUCUGAAAGUAGUUUAUAUGUCCAAACCCAACCCAGUGCUGCGC